UGAAUACAAAACACAUCACAUACCCUUAGGGGUAAUGCCUGAAAUAAUGAUCCAAAAUUCAAAAAGUCACACACCGCAGAAGCAAACAGUGACAUAUAUAACUGGGUUAACAUAGUGUCAAACUAUGAAGAAAAUGGAUUUUAACGAUUAUAAUUUAGACUUAUAAUUCUGUCGACAUACUUCCUAAUUGAAAUUAGGUCAAUUUGAUUGAAUAAGUAUAAGAGCAGAGCUAAGUAUAUGGGACUCCUCUACCAAGUUACCUACACUCCAGUAGUACAAAAUGUAUAGCAUGACCAGGUCAUCUUGAUAAAUACUAUAAUCACAGAUUUUUAUUAUGCCUAGAUAUAACAGUCUCCAUCACAAUGCACUGAAAACCAUGCAUGUCUAAACAGUAUAAUUUGCAUAGAAUAUCUAAUUUCCUUGUUGUAGGGGAGCCAGUGUAGACUCAUGACGUACAGUUAUUUCUUUAUGCUUCCAACAAAGACAAAGACUGAUUUCAAAGCUGGACAAAAACAAAAAUUGUGGACUAAUAUAUAUCACAUGCAAAAUAUUGUUCAGCAGAUAUGAGGAGGAACUCUUUCUAUUUUUGCCAUAAGGAUGUCAUAGCAUGUGUAAUGAUAAUGACAAUUAUCUUUGACACAGUCAGCAGUCAAGGCACAAUUCCUGCUUUAUUUGACUGUUCUGCUGAUCCAGAUGGGUGUGUUGCUGGUGCUCAAUGUGUGAAUGUCCCAUGGGCCGUAUUUAUAGAUAACAUUUCUCGUCGAUGUUUCUGCGCGCCAGGGACAUAUCCCUCAUCCAUGGGUACUUGUGCACCAAUUGGAGGAGCUCCGUGUCUAGACAACACAGACUGCCUAGUUAGAUCAGUGGACUGCACAGGAGUGAUCAACCUUCUCCUAAGUCAGGGCAAUGUUGACAGGGGCAUUGUUUCACUAAUCGCAAAGGUUUCUGCUUUACUGUGCCCCCAGGUCACUAAACCCCAGUUCAUAGAAAUGAACCAGAGUCAAUUUCUUUCCAAUUAUCUCUUAUACCAGUGUAGCAAUAGGCUCUGUGUCACGCCACCAGCAGCAGAUGCCAAAUUUAUAGCCUCCAUCCUAUUUUUCCUAUUUGACAAUCAGAUUGUCUUAAGCAUAUAGUCAUACAACAGCCUUGAUAUCUGAGACAUCUUUCUUAAAAUCCUGUGUUAUUUCUUCUAAGACGGUAUAGUG